CUGAUUGAAUUUCAAAGGAUUUAAAGAUGACUACUUCAUGGAGCGACCGAUUGCAGAAUUACGCGGACCUCCCCGCCAACAUGGACGGACUGGCUAUGAAGAAAUACCGACGGGAAGCCUAUCACAGAUAAUUCUCUGGUCAGCCGACUUUUUUGACUGCCUGGGUGCCAGUCGACCGGAAAGUGCCCUCUGUCUGCAGGAAACCGCGGUAGAGCCGGCAGUGACCGGAAUGUUCCGUUUGUCUUGCUUGCAUAAUGCCGUGGGCCGGUGGGGGUCAGUGGUUCCGUGGUCGUGUCCCACGAGGCACACUGUUCACACCACGGACCGAACGGCAAAAAUGACACAAUUCAUGUAUUUUUUUGCUGUAUGUCUGUCUCCGUAUGCUUAACUGGUGUUUGUCCGGAAAUAAUUUGAAUGUUGUUGUCUUAAGUACUCUGCUUACGAUUUGAUGCUAUUUCAUAUUUGGUGUCCAUAAGUUUGUACUGACACAGGAGUAAUGUUGGAACGAACAAGCAACCCAAAUAGUGUUUUGUAGUUUUUGUACAUUCGUAACGAUAAUAUUGUAGUUUAUUUGUUAUGAUGUGGAAUUAUAAUAAGAUGAUUGAAUUUGCCAGACUGCCAGUAAGGUUAGUUAAGAGUUAAUAAACAGCAAUUCAAUAUGAAAAAUAUAAUAUAAAUAUGGUGUCACUGUCACUGAUGGUAGAGAGCAUUUAGCAAACUCCACAACUUGAUUUUUCCAUCUUCCUUUGUUUGCAUGUUGACACCCAACGCUUAGUGCAAUAUAGCAACUAUCAGAACAGUGUGAGCAGAAGCUUGAGUUGCAAAAUAUGAAGGUUGCUUCCCUAAAACACAGGCGGUGUUGCAAAUGACAGCGGCUCAGCGUUCACUAGGCAUCUCCCUGUCUGUGUUCAUUACCACGAAGAGCCAAGGGAUUUCCAUUAACAGGUGUUUGUCAACAGAAGUUUGGCCAUGGAGAAGAUUAAGUGCUUCGGCUUCGAUAUGGAUUACACGUUGGCGGUAUAUAAGUCCCCUGAGUAUGAAUCCCUGGGGUUUGAGCUGACAGUUGAGAGGCUGGUGUCCAUCGGCUAUCCUCAGGAGCUCCUCAACUUUGUCUACGACCCCGCCUUCCCCACCAGGGGCAUGGUGUUCGACACGCUGCAUGGAAACCUGCUGAAGGUGGAUGCUUAUGGGAACAUCCUGGUCUGUGUCCAUGGGUUUGAGUUUCUACGUGGGCCUGAAACCAGAGAGCUCUAUCCCAACAAGUUCAUCCAGCGAGACGACACUGAGCGCUUUUACAUCCUCAACACUCUCUUCAACCUGCCAGAGACCUACCUCUUUGCGUGCCUAGUCGACUUUUUCAGCAACUGUGAUCGAUAUGCAAGCUGUGAAACAGGGUUUAAAGAUGGAGACCUCUUCAUGUCCUUCAAGAGCAUGUUCCAGGACGUCCGAGACGCAGUGGACUGGGUCCACUUUAAGGGAACGUUAAAGGUGAAAACUGUAGAAAACCUGGAGAAGUACGUGGUGAAAGAUGGAAAACUGCCGCUCCUCCUCAGCAGAAUGAACGAAGUGGGCAAGGUGUUCCUGGCCACCAACAGUGACUACAAGUACACAGACAAAAUCAUGACAUACCUUUUUGAUUUUCCUCACGGACCAAAGAUGGGCAUGGCUCAUCGGCCGUGGCAGUCCUACUUCGACCUCAUCCUGGUGGACGCGCGGAAGCCCAUGUUUUUUGGGGAGGGCACAGUGCUCAGGCAGGUGGACACGACGACGGGGAGGCUGAAGAUCGGGACCUACACCGGACCCCUGCAGCACGGCAUCGUGUACUCUGGAGGCUCCUCAGACAUCGUGUGCGACCUGCUGGGGGCCAAGGGCAAGGACAUCCUGUACAUCGGGGACCACAUCUUCGGGGACAUCCUCAAGUCCAAGAAGCGGCAGGGCUGGAGGACCUUCCUGGUGAUCCCAGAGCUGGCCCAGGAGCUGCACGUGUGGACUGACAAGAGCUCCUUAUUCGAGGAAUUGCAAAGCCUGGACAUUUUCUUGGCAGAGCUGUACAAGCAUCUGGACAGCAGCAGCAACGAGAGGCCGGACAUCAGUGCGAUUCAGAGACGCGUUAAGAAAGUGACGCACGACAUGGACAUGUGCUACGGCAUGAUGGGAAGCCUGUUCCGCAGCGGCUCGCGCCAGACGCUCUUCGCCUCGCAGGUGAUGCGCUACGCGGACCUGUACGCCGCGUCCUUCAUCAACCUGCUGUACUACCCCUUCAGCUACCUGUUCCGUGCCGCGCACGUGCUGAUGCCCCACGAGUCGACGGUGGAGCACGCGCACGUGGACAUCAUCGACACCGAGUCGCCCUUGGCGACGCGGAACCGCCACGCGAUGGACUGCAAGGACUUCGACUGCAAGCGCAACCAGCUGACCCGCUCGGUCAGCGAGAUAAAACCGCCCAACCUGUUCCCCCAGACCCCGCAGGAGAUCACGCACUGCCACGACGAGGACGACGACGAGGAGGAGGAGGAGGAGGAGGAGGAGGAGGAGUAGAAACAGUAAGCUUUGAGCACAAGGAGUGACCGUUUGUAGUGCUUCCUGAUAGGAACCCCAUUGUAGAGGGAGGGAGUGUAGAGAAAGGCAUUUAGACAUAUUGGUUACACUUUAUAUAUGGAAAUUUAAGUACUUAUUUUUCAUUUUACUGUUUGUAAAUGUAUAUAACAGAUUAGGCCCCCUCGUUUUAGAUAGUUUUAUUUUUAUGCAAUACAGUUAAUUUUGUGAUACUAUGAUUAGUUUUCCGGGGGGUCGGACAGGAGUGGGUGAGGGUUUUUGACCAAACUCAAGCGGUCGCUUUAGCUGACAUGGGUAACCCUGUGAUUAAUGGUUGUCCUGUCAAAGAAAAGACAAAAAAAAAAAAAAAACACUUCUUUUUUUCUUUACCUACAAACAGGUAGUAGAAACUCCAGUUUUCCUUUUGUGUUUACACUCUAAACCAUGAUGUAUGCAAAACAGUGAACUUGAAGGCCGAGAGUUCUCACAACGGUAGACUCUACCGUACGCUCAUAGAUUCGUGGCUACGUACGUUCUGCAGAACGGAACCGCCCGGUCUUACGGUCCUGUGCUGAUGUAGCUCGUGCAUUUCCAUCGAUCAUGGUCCAGUUUUAAUUUGUUUUUUUGUUUUUUUUGAUUGACAUUUUGAGAUAGCUGACUGUCUCGCUACUGUGCUGCAAAGCCUCUGCUUAAACGAAAAUGAAGUCCUGCCUUGGGUGUGACGGCUUGCGCCCAGCCCCACCGUGUUAAAGUACAGCAUACGUGCGUUUGAGCUGCGUGAAGCACAAACAUUAUCGUUCGUAGGUUUCCUAGCGAAGAUAUAUACCAAUAUAGCAUUUUUACUCUAACGAUAACAAAAACACAGAAACAAAAAAAAAAAACAGCACAUAGUUUAGAUUUUGACUUUGGCUGCAGUGUGCAUCGUUGGUAGAAAGCACAGGCUGCCCUCUGCUGUACAGUUAUGGUACUGCAUCCUGUGAUGCUAGCAUGCUAGCAUUUACUGAGCCGCCUGCUCCAACUCAGUAAACAUGGCUGCCGCCCGCUGCUGCUGCUGUCGUCUCACUUUCGCUGAACACGCAGGCGUUUGGGUAUCCUCAACGUCGCUGAGCGUCAUUCAGAGACUUCAGUCACGCAGCUCGUGUGCUCUUCGUUCGCUGCUCUUUCUACGAGUUUGAGUUUGAGUUUGAAUGAUUGUGACUAUGGAAACUCUGUAUUGUUGUUAUUAUUGUUAUUAUUUUAUUUUUUAUUUUUUUACCUGAAGUGUAACGUUGCAGCUGAUGUUUUGCAAGGCGACGACAGCUUAAUGCAACUUGGGUGAGCUCGCCGUCCUCGCGUCGCCGUGGGAACGUAGCGUAACUGUGACUGAAUGACUCUGUCUGUACAUAGACUCUGGGGACCCCCCCCGCUGGGAGAAGGCCAUCCUUGGAGGGCCUGUAGAUACAGCCUGAAUUGGCCCGUUUGAGCUCCCCCGCCCCCCCCCCCUUCCGUUCUCUCAGACCACAGAGGGGCCUUCCUGCACGAGUGAAACUUUGGCCUCUUGACCCCCCCCUGGAAUGCGGCAGGGUGAAGGAGGGACUGCCUCUGUGAGCUGCUCAGGCGAGCUCGUCACCGUCGUGUUUGAAAUAUGCACACUGUUCUUUUUUUUAUACCCCCCCCCGAACGCAUUGCCGAGCGUUGUGCUGAAUGACAUACUAACCUCAGUCUUCUAACUGAUGCAGUGUUGUGACAGUGCGUAGGAUGGGAAUGAGAUCAGGCUUCAGAAAUGAAACUGUUUUUUUUUUUUUUCGUUUUUUUUUUGGUUUUUUUUUUCGUUUUUUUUUUCGUUUUUUCUAAAGGGAAACAGGAUGUAUGUGGAGUGAGUUCACAAACGGACAAAUCGCUUCACGGCUCCUGUGCAGAUUUUAUGUUACUUUUUGUCAGGCCCCCCCCCCCCCCGCCACACAGCGAGCAUGAUAAGUACACAAGUGUUCAUCUUGGACAGAGUAACCGAAUGUAUGAAGACAAGGGGGUAGGCCCUGUUUUUGAAGCUAUGCUGGUUACAUCACGUUAGUUCCAAGUCUUAUUUACAGGACAAGAGAAGUGGAAUUUAAGACUCAGCUCUUAAAGUCAUUAUUUUUUACCUUUGCCUUUUCAAGAAGGGCAGUAUGGGAGUCCUGCCUGUUUGUGAAGCCACAAAGCAUGCAAAGCUGUCCAUUUCACACUGGAUUGUGAAGGCCAGCCGGUUCAGAGAGAGAGAGAGAGAGAGAGAGACGAGUGGAACUCAUUUGGGAAAACGUGUUUCCAAGCAGGGAAGCCUUGAGAGCUGAGGACAUUCUGCUCUCUUAACAGCAAUAGCAAAUCAAGCAGGCAGACAAGCUGGGAUCUCAUGAACUGGAGCAGGAAAGGCGAGGAACGGAUCCCUGCAUUUAGCAAUGCAACUUCCCGUUGCGGUGUCCUGAGAAUGUUAUAUAGCUAAAUCCAGCUGUAUGUAAACUUUCCUGACUUCCAUGUCAUGUUUUUUUUUUUUUUUUUGAACUCCCAUACAUUUCUGUUCCCAUAAUAUUUUAAACUGUAGCACUAACGGUUUCAGAGUUCAUGCAGAGGAAGUAAACUGAAGUAAACUGUCCCUGUCAUACAGGUAAAUGUAAAACGGUUUUAGAAAAUGGCGUGUUACACACACACAUUUCCCUAAACGAAGACCGUAGGGUGCCAAAGCCUUUAUCAUGCAUUGGUUUAAAAAAAAAUAUAUAUAUUUUACAAAAUAGUUUUGUGCAUGUUAUACAGUAGCUCUUACGUUUUUAAAGGACCUGUUAGUUUUGUUUCCUAAAAGAGUAUAAUUAAAAGUGUACAUUUAGGAUGUGUCAUUUUAAUGUAAAAUAAAGCUUAUAACUUACA